AUGGCAGCUCAACGAUAUCAACAGGAAUUACUUUCCACCUAUAUCGAGAAUAUAGGUAAGCUUUUGGAAACAGUAAAUGGUACACUAGCAUCAAGUCAUAUCAUUUCUGCAUUGGUUCGUGCAAAAACAUUCGAUGCAAUAGGACAACUUGAUAGUCUACGUAUGACACGUAUCAUUCGUUUUCUCUAUGAAGCUGGACAGUUAAGUAACACAAAUCAAAUAAUUCCAAAUAUUCCAGCCAAUUCCCGAUGGGAACAGAACGGCGUGACUAUGGCUGGAGGCAAUGGACCAGGCAGUGCCACCAAUCAACUCGACUGUCCUUAUGGUAUCUUCAUUGAUGAUGAUCAAACGAUGGUCAUUGCUGACUGCUACAAUCAUCGUAUCAUUCAAUGGAAGAUGGGUGAUACGAAUGGACAAGUAGUAGCUGGUGGCAAUGGCGAAGGAAAUCGAUUGGAUCAAUUGCAUUCUCCAAGCGAUGUGUUGAUCGACAAAGAGACGGAUAGUCUCAUUAUUUGUGAUCGAGGGAAUGAACGAGUCGUACGAUGGCCUCGUCGUAGUGGCACAACUCAAGGAGAAACCCUCAUCGACAACAUCAAGUGUUGGGGAUUGGCCAUGGAUACUCAGAGACAUCUUUACAUCUCUGACUUCGAAAAAUAUGAAGUAAGACGAUAUCAAACAGGAGACAAGAAAGGAACUAUCGUGGCUGGUGGUAAUGGUAAAGGUGAUGGUUUCAAUCAACUCAACGCUUCGACCUACGUCUUUGUCGAUCGAGAACAGACUGUUUAUGUGUCAGACUGUGACAAUCAUCGUGUGAUGAAAUGGAAUAAACAUGCAAAAGAAGAAAUUGUCGUUGCUGGGGGUCAAGGCACAGGGAAUGAUCUGACACAAUUGUGGAAUCCUAAGGAACUGUUCGUCGAUACAUUGGGUACUCUCAAUGUGGCAGACUCGUUGAAUGAUCGAGUGAUGCGUUGGCCUAAAGGAGCGAAACAGGGCACUGUUAUUGUAGGUGGAAAUGACAAAUCAAAAUAA